GCGUGCGUGCGCGCGUGCGUGCGUGCGUGCGCAUUGUCUCUUAAGCCUGUGUUAAGAUACGUGUCCGAGGGGAGAGAGUACCAGAGCUGCUGUUGGAACUUAAGGAUGAUGGUCGCACUCACACGUUCUUUUCCCAGCUGAAGAAGACCAAGCAGCAAGUUGAGUCAAAACCUGUGAAGCCCAGAGGGAUGGAGCCCUUCACACCAGUUCCAAGCAGGGGGCCUGUCCCCAUCCCACCACAAAGAGCAAACAAGGUUGCUAUGCUGUCUGGAGCCAAUCAACCCAAAUCUACCAACGCAAUGCCUUCCAGUCUCAACAACAGUACUAACCAGACUGGCACAGCAGACAGACAAGACAUAGCUCAGUCACUGGCCUCAGACUUUGGCUUUGAAGACAACUUCAACCACUCCCUCAAAGUGGAGGAGAAAAAGAACCAGCAGAAUCGCAUGGUUGCAUCAAGGGAACCUCCACCCAUCCCGCCACUUCCUCCUCGUAAAGGUUCCUACACUCCCUCCAAUCCUUUACCUCCUGCACCAGUUUCUAAAGAGAGAGCCUCCUCCAUUCAGGCCAAGGACAACUCCUUAAUCACCCCCACCAAGCAAGACAGCUUUCGAUCGGGAUUUGACCGCCUAGACAGGCCUCCGUCAUGGAGUGAGAGCCCAACAACCAACAGCAUGAGACAGGCCAUGUUCUCCAGUCAGGCGGGACAGAGAGAAUACCUCAUUAAACACCGUUUAGGCAAGAAGGAGAAGGAGUAUGUAGACAUCCAGAACUUCAGGUUCUUCACAGGUACAUGGAAUGUUAAUGGCCAGUCUCCAGACAGCAGCCUGGAACCAUGGCUCUGCUCCAUUACAGAACCUCCUGAUGUCUACGCUCUGGGGUUCCAAGAGUUGGACCUGAGUACUGAAGCUUUUUUCUACCUGGACUCCUCCAAGGAGCAACUAUGGGUGGAUGCAGUAGAGAGGAGCCUGCACCCAAAAGCCAAAUACAAGAGGGUCAAGACCGUACGGCUAGUUGGCAUGAUGUUGGUGGUCUUUGUCAACAAGUUGCACAAGAAUCAAAUUAAAGACGUUGCUGCAGAGCAUGUAGGAACUGGAAUCAUGGGUAAAAUGGGAAACAAAGGAGGUGUGGCAGUUAGGUUUGUUUUCCACAACACUAGCUUCUGCUUUGUCAACUCGCACCUGGCAGCGCAUGUAGAGGACUUUGAGCGGCGCAACCAAGACUAUAAAGACAUAUGUGCACGUAUGACCUUCCACCUGCUUGACUACCCCCCUCUCAGCAUUGUCAGGCACGAUGUAGUAAUCUGGUUGGGAGAUUUGAACUAUCGUCUAUUUGUCUACGAUGCUGCUGAGGUCAAACAGCUCAUAGUUCAGAAUGAACUGAAGAAGCUUCAGGAGAAUGAUCAGCUGAACAUUCAGAGGCAGAAUAAGAGGGCCUUCACAGACUUCAUGGAAGGAGAUAUUAACUUCAUCCCUACUUAUAAAUAUGAUGCCAAAACGGACCGAUGGGACUCUAGUGGAAAGUGUCGUGUACCGGCUUGGUGUGACAGAAUCUUGUGGCGGGGCAGCAAUGUGAAGCAGCUUCACUACCGGAGUCACAUGGAGCUGCAGACAAGUGACCACAAGCCAGUCAGCUCGCUCUUCAAUAUAGGGGUUAAGGUGGUUAACGAACAGCGCCACAAGAAGGUCUUUGAAGAGAUUGUUCGCAUGAUGGACAGAAUGGAGAAUGACUUUCUCCCAUCUCUGUCACUGACCCGGAGAGAGUUUACAUUUGAGAACGUGAAGUUUCGGCAACUUCAGAGAGAGCGUUUUGUAAUAACAAAUGAUGGGCAGGUUCCCUGUCACUUUGCCUUUAUCCCUAAACUCAAUGACUCACAGUAUUGCAAGCCUUGGCUUCGUGCCGAGCCAAGUGAUGGAUUCCUGGAGCCCAAUGAGAAUCUGGAGAUCUACCUGGAAGUGUAUGUCAGUAAAGACUCUGUUACGCUGCUAAACUCCGGAGAGGAUUCCAUAGAGGACAUCCUGGUGCUCCACCUGGACCGUGGCAAAGACUACUUCAUUACCAUUUCUGGCAACUACCUGCCCAGCUGCUUUGGUACCUCACUGGAGACACUAUGCCGUAUGAAGAAGCCCAUCAGAGAAAUCCCCAUCACCAAACUCAUUGACCUGGGAGAGGACAGCUACAUGGAAAAGGAGAAGUCAAAGAUGAACUUCCUGAUGGUGGAUGGUGCUGGUAGUGAGGAUAAGCCCCUGAAGAUCCCCAAGGAGGUGUGGCUUCUUGUUGACCAUCUCUUCACUAAAUCUUGUCAACAGGAGGACCUUUUCCAGACUCCAGGCCUGCAGGAGGAACUACAGAGCAUAAUUGACUGCUUGGACACCAGUAUUCCAGACUCAAUACCUGGCUGUAACCACUCAGUGGCUGAGGCACUGUUGAUCUUCCUGGAGGCCUUGCCAGAGCCAGUGGUUUGCUACGAACUCUACCAACGUUGCCUGGAAUGUUCUCACGACAGCCGCCUCUGUAAACAGCUGAUCUCCCAGUUGCCUCGGGCUCACCGCAAUGUGUUCCGCUACCUAAUGGCCUUCCUGAGGGAACUGCUGAAGUAUUCUAACAGUAAUAACCUAACUGCUAGUCUCAUUGCUACCCUUUUUGCCAGCCUUCUUAUCCGACCACCACCCAAACUAAUGGGCAGACAGACAUCACAGGACCGGCAGAGAGCCAUCACCUUCAUCCUGGGUUUCCUCAUGGGAGGAGAUGAGGAGUAACUGAAGUCCAGGAGCAUUUGCUGAGCUCUAAGGCAGCCACCAGCCUGGCUCACUGGCUAUGACAAGAUGAAACCUUUUAGGAAGUAGUGUAACACACCACAAAACACUUGGCAUUUGUCAUCUGUUGGAGACCAGUGCAUGUUUUCUGCAAUCUAUUUAUCUAUCAAAGAUGCUCAUUUUAGUUUUACUCCAGCUCUUGUCAUGCUAAAUUCCAAUUACAGCUGUUACCAUUUUACCAAGUCUUACAACUUCAUCUCAGUUAACUCUAACAGGAUUUGGAAUUACUACAGAAAAGUUUGAACUGAUGCCUAUCCAGGUUUUGCUGACCCAAAGGAUCUGUGCCUCCAGACUUGGGAAUGUUCCUUCUUCUCAGUUGACCCCUCUUACUGUAGGUGCUCUUGCCAAAACAAUGCCCUAUCAGUGAAAGAAAUGAAUGUAAGAACAGCAUGUAUCCACAGAGGUUUAAUUAAUGACUACAUUACACAAAUGAAAGGAGACAAGAGACUGCCAACCAGGAUCCAAGGAACUUUAAGGAACGUUUGUCAACUUUUUGAAACCAUUAAGUUCAAGGUCAGACUAGGGACAAGAAAUACUCUUGUGGAUACAGUGAAUGGAUUGACUGAGAGUAUCUAACCAAGUAUUGUCAAAUUUAAAAAGUAAAAAAAAAAAGAUGACAAUCAAACUUUUAGGAGCAGUCCUUUAUCAAAAGAUGCUAGAAUUAAUUGUGGGUACAUCCACUUUAAUUUUUUUUUAAUGUUAUUUAUGUAUUUGCGCUGCAACCGAUUUGACACCAUUUGUAGAUUUUGUUGCACAGCUUCAUUUAAUUUUCAACCUCUCGCCGAUUUCUCUCACACUGUUAACGAAGAGCCCAUGGCUGUGAGUGUUUGCUUUUGAUUCUUUGUAACUUCAACCAUGAGCAACUUCAACCAUGAGCCUUACAUUGGGUUUUGACGGCUAGUUUGAGUUACAAAACCAGUCUUUUAACACACUAACUUCCUGAAACCAGAAUGGGUUGUUGAGUCACCCCUGUGGUCUGGAUGUCUUAACUGAUGUAUAUAGUGAUCUUGUCCCUGUUGACUUCUAUGGGGUGUUUGACUCUGUUUGCUGUUGGCUCUCAGUACAUUGGUGCAAAUCUAUGUCUUUAGUAUAUGUGGUGUCCUCAGUGUAUAUAUUUUCAUUAUGUUUAUCAUUAAGAUGGUACAGUCGGUGUCUUUAUGUGUUUGUUUACAUGUUUUUCCUUCCUUGGUUCUGCUAUGUGUAAAUCUUAAAUUUUGUAUUGGUUAGUCAUUGUUUUAGGUGUGAUGUGUAGGCUCUUGUUCUUGGCAAAACUUUGCCUCCCUCACAAAAAAAAAUCAGGUCAUCAUCAGCCCUGUUGCUGUGCAGAGUAUGUAUGACGUAGGGUUUUAUGAGUGCAAGUUAAGCAAAAUUUUAUGACCCUUGACUCAACAAGACACAAUCUGCCUUUGUGCGCCAUUAUCAGUUUGUGCCAGAGAUGUUUUUUCAUUUCUUUUUACCAUCGCUUUUUGCUCAACAUGUUAUGGAUAUGAAACAAGGACCUCUAAUGCUAUGAACACUAUCUCCCUUCAGCAGUUUUACUCAAUAGAUCAUUUAACUUCUCCAGUUGACAGAAAUAUUUCUGACAUUGUCUAAUUUCCCUGGCUUCUCGUCUCCCUGUAGUUAAGUGACACCAGUAAAGCCUGUCCGUUUUCUUAAUAAACACUACAGGAUACAUGAUUCAAAAGAACCAAGCAUCAUGGACGAUAUGAACAUAUUUACCUAAUGUGACAAUGUUGACAAUCGCAGCACUUAAGGACCGAAGUUGCCCUAUUCUUGUGCAGUAUGCCCUCUUGUACUGAUGCCUCUUAGCCAUUCAAACAGUGGGUUCCUCAGAUGAACCCGGUGUGAUUCUGCAUUCCUCAGUCUGUUUUUAAGUUUAGUAACAACUCGUAGUUAUGUCAAAAGGUAAAAGAGGCUGGAAGGAACGGUUGUUGGGGACUCAGAAUAUGUGUGUGUGUGUGUGUGUGUGUGUGUGUGUGUGUGUGCGCGUGUGUGCAUGCGUGAGGGUGGAGGGGUGGUGUGUGUGAGCAAGCGAGCGAGCGCGUGGGGGGUGGUGUGUGCGUGUGCACGCGGGUGGGUGGAUGGGUGUGUGUGUGUGCAUGCAUGCAUGCAAGUGUGUGUGUGUGUGUGUGUGCGCACAUGCCUGUGGUGCGUGUAUAUGUGCGCGUGUGCCUGUGGUGCGUGUAUGUGUGCAAGAAUUUGGUGGAGCCAUUCACACUGUCCAUUUACACAAAGUGAAAUCUUUAUAAAAGACUUCGGUCAUCAAGCUUAAAAAAAAUCUCUGAAUUUAUAAACCUCUAACUUUAGGUGUUGUUGCCUCUGUACCAGUUGAUCUAAGUAUUCAUGUGGUGUCACUGUUUUUUUUGUCAUCUCUGCUCUUUAUGCCUUGGGAUUUGUCAUGGUAUGUUAAUAUAAUUAAGGUACAUAUGCAAAGAGACACUUGCACACCUGUUUUCAACUUUUCAGAUUUUUGUUUUGGUACUUUUAAUUUAUUUAACUGAAAUAAAACUAUGUACAAGGUGUUUUUGCGUUGUAAAUAAUUAAACAGUUCCUGUAUUUACUG